AUGUUCUCUUACAAAUUCAUCGCGUCCGUGUUCAUCGCGGUUUCGUACGCAUCGGCUGCUUUGGCCGCACCCUGGCCCGCCAACUCCAAGCUUACCGCGUACUUGCAACAGCAUGCCACGCACCGUGUGAGGAACAUUAGCAGGGAUCUCAAGCUCGAGACGUACCACCCUGCUUCUGUUUACGAGACCUACGAGGAUGGUAUCGACCACCCGCUGUCGAAGCGCGCCGACGCGUCCUUCCAGGACUCCGCCCUCGCCUUCGUCAAGUCGAAGGCGAAAUUGGACGAUGGCGCCGUUGCCUUCCGCUCCGGGUUCGAGGGCGACAUCACGUCGCACGCCUACUUCCACCAGCAGCACGAUGGCGUUCCCUUCGCCAACGCUGUCGCCAACGUUGCGCUGAAGAACAACAAGGUCGUUGCCUUCGGUAGCAGUUUCGUUGCGCUUCCUAAGGACAUCCCCGCCUCAAAGCCCACUCUUGACCUCCAGACGGCGAUCAAGAAGGCUGAGGCUGCCCUUUCUGGCACUUACAACGGCCACCCCACGACCGUCGAGUACCUCGCCAAGGACGAUGGCUCGGUCGCCCUCACCCACGUCAUUCAGAUCCAGAACGACCAGGGUGCCUGGUACGAGGCCUUCGUUGACGCUCACUCCGGCGACCUGCUCUCGGUCACGGACUUCGUCACCAAGCUCACUUACAAGGUCUUGCCUAUCACCAAGCAGGACCUUACGGAGGGCGUCGAGACCCUUGAGGACCCGGAGAACAAGGACGCCAGCCCCAACGGCUGGGUCAAGGGCAAGACCACCGCCGGCAAUAACGUCAUCGUUUACAAGUCGAGCGCCAGCCAGCGGACCUCGGAGUCCGACACCGACGAGUUCAUCUACACCCACGACGCGUCCAAGGCCCCGACCACGUCCGCCAACCUGAACGCUGCCCGCACCAACGCGUUCUACGUCGUCAACACCGUCCACGACAUUAGCUAUACCUACGGUUUCACGGAGAAGGCUUACAACUUCCAGGACGACAACUUCGGCAAUGGUGGAGAGGACGGUGACCGCGUCACCGUUUCCGUUCAGGACUCCGCGGGCACUGACACUCCCGCCGAUGGUCAAUCUGGACACAUGAGGAUGUUCCUCUGGGACGAGACCAGCCCCGAGCGUGACGGUGCUCUUGAGAACGACAUCGUCGCCCACGAGAUGACCCACGGCAUCAGCAACCGCCUGACGGGCGGUGGUACCGGCCGCUGCCUCCAGACCACUGAGGCUGGCGGCAUGGGUGAGGGCUGGUCAGACGCGUUUGCGGAAUGGACCGAGCAGAAGUCGUCCAAGAUCUCUGACUUCACCAUGGGCACCUACGUCAUUAACGACAAGGCGUACGCGCUCGCCUUUGCUCAGCCUUGGGGCGGUAUCCGCACGCACCCGUACUCCACCUCCAAGACCACCAACCCUCUGACCUACGCCAGCAUCGCGACGCUCAACGAGGUUCACGACAUUGGUGAAGUUUGGGCGAACAUGCUCCACAACGUCUACGCCUCCCUUGUGGACGAGAACGGCUUCAGCGAAGAUGCGCACACCGAUGCCUCCGGCUCCGAAGGAAACGUCGUUUUCCUCCACUUGUUCAUCGACUCGCUCGCUCUCCAGCCUUGCAACCCGACGCUGCCCACCGCCCGCGACGCCUGGAUCCAGGCAGACAAGAACCGCUACGAUGGUGCCCACACUUGCACUCUGUGGAAGGCCUUCGCCAGCCGCGGCCUCGGACAGAAUGCGAAGAACCACAAGGACGACGACACCGUCCCGUCCAGCUGCUAA